GUGUAGAAGCGUCGCUGCAGCGAAGUUCUCUCUCGGUGGAAGACCGCGGUCGAGCGUCUGCCCGUGUCUGCUCUUACCUUACUCACUCAAGUGCCAUGGAGGAAUCGAAUAGUUGACGUUUCCUGCAGCAACCUUCUCUUUUUAAGCUUUCUUCCCGUCUGGUCAUUGUGCUCCCUCAUCAGGUUCAUCAUCGUUUUUGAAAACUCCACAACUUUAAUUGAAAGAAAAACCAUGAAGUACAUCAUCGGCAUCGGCGGCGUAACCAAUGGAGGGAAAACCACCCUCACCAACCGGCUGAUAAAGACCCUUCCCAACUGCUGUGUUGUGCAUCAAGAUGACUUCUUCAAGCCCCAAGAUCAGAUUGAAGUUGGUGAAGAUGGCUUUAAGCAGUACGAUGUCAUCACUGCUUUGGACAUGGACGCCAUGAUGAGUACGAUCUACGCAUGGCUGGAGAACCCGGUGAAGUUUGAGAAGUCUCACGGCGUGAAUAACAACCUCGAUGAUGAGAUUAUCCAGAAGUCUGACAACAAGGAGGAUGAGGAGAACCACAUCCUUAUUGUGGAAGGAUUCCUGUUGUACACCUAUGGACCUUUGAUCGACGUGCUGAACCAACGCUACUUUAUUUCCAUCCCGUACGAAGAAUGCAAAAAGAGGAGGUGCUCCAGGAAUUAUACAGUGCCUGACCCCCCCGGCCUGUUUGAUGGCCACGUGUGGCCCAUGUAUUUGAAACACACCAAAAUCAUGGAGGAGACAUGUGUUGAUGUUUUGCAGCUUGAUGGAACCUGGUCAAAGGAACGAAUGUUCAACUUUGUCUACGGCGACAUUCUGAACAACAUCCAGAAAUCUCUCUAACAAAGAUCAUUUGAUUGGCUUCAGGAGGCAUGUACUCAACUUACAAGCAUGAGAUCGCUUUAACCUAAAAUUUAUACCUGGCAGCUCAUAUAGUUGAGUGCUAAGCUUUUUCAGUUUUUAUAAAUGUUUAACAACACAACAGGCUUUUAUAUCUCGUAUUUAUUGCUUUGUUUCAACCUACACUUGAAACGGGGUUGAUUGGAGUGUUCCAAGGAUGGUUGCAGAUGUCAAUAAAUGAUCCUCCUGUCAAA